AUGGCGGUCGCUAUGUCGAUUUUUCAUCGUAGAAGUACUGACUUGUUUAAAGCUCUUGUAAUUCGCUUCCCAAAACAGUACUUUUGUUCCAUAGCUGGUGGUGACGUGGAUGAAGGGAAAGAAAGAAGUUCUGAUCGUUUAGGAUCUGAUUCACACGGAAAAGAACUUGAUUUGGUUCUUGCAUGUUUACGAGUGGAUCGUGUUGCAGCUAGUGGCUUUGGUAUUGGAAGAAAGUAAGGUGAUAUUUAGCGUGACAUUCACAUUUGUGUUAAGGAAAUUUUAUUUGAUUAUGAUUUAAAGCUAAGUUACUCCUUCUCAUUCACUCGUGAUGUGCCAUUGAAAUAAAUGCAUAAUACCGUGCAUAGCUAGUAGAUUACAGUACAAUGCACAGAAGAAUAAACUUAAUUAUAAAUAUUGUUUAGACAAAAAGAAUUAUCUUUCCUCUUAUUUGAAUCAUCUGCAGCAAAAUAAAAAACCUCAUUGCUUCCAAAGACGUUUUUGUCAAUAAACUCAACACAAGCCAGUCUGACUUAGUAAGUACAUUUUAACAUUGUCCAACACGUCACCACAUAUUUCUCAUAUUAACUGUGUGGAUAGUGUUUUAGGACCGGACUAGUGGUCUUGGUUGGGUCAUUGUGCUGUGUAAGACAUCUCACACCCCUAGUUGCUGUGUGAAUUGAAAUGGGGCAGGAGGGGGGGGGGACAAACCUCUCAUUCAGGUGGAUGGAGUACUACUCCUAGUUGCUUCAUACCACAGAAAAUAAGAUGUGGUCGAGAAGUUAUGGGAAACUAGGUUUGCACAAUCUUUGCUGACUCAUAACCACAGUGUAUGUAAUUGUUCCCAUCAAAAUUGAUAAUAAACCUUAAAGUACAAAUUUUUUGGCUUAAACUGGAAUGAAGUUUUAAAUAUGACUAAAAAGCCAAACAGAUAUUGGUUGUUUUGAAACUGGAAUUUUUUGUGCAUUGUCAUGUUGCAUCUUCCAAUGCUUUGGGGUUACUACUAUUAUCUUCAUGAUCUCCUUGGGACUCCUUAGGUCUUGCAAUUGAAAAUGGCAACUACCAGGAAAUUCAAACAUCAACAUUGCUUUUUUUUUGUUCCAUUGCUUGUUUUUGUUCCAGAUCUUAUACACUAGGUUCUUUUUUUCACCAGUUUAAUGGAGCUUGUUUUACAUAUGGAGGCUUUGUUACCUUAGAUCCAAUCUUCCCUAGAUGUAAAAGAUUGAAGGAAAUAUUUCGUUGAGUUGAUCAAGCAACUUUCUAUUUUCAUUACAUGUGAAUUAUUUUUCAUAAUGAAACCUGUGUUGAGCAGAACCCUGUUUAUUAGGCACCUUUUAAUUAUGAAAAUUAAUAUAGCUGUUUAUUAAAAUGGACAGUCGUGAGGGUCCCUUGGGUUUCUACUUAGAACCAGGUGGCAAGGGAUAUGAGCUGGAGGAUCACAUAUUUUAAGCUUUUACACCCUGACAUCAGUAUGCAUAUUCUCCUUACUGUUCUCUAUACAUUUCCUGUGGUGCUGGCGAGGAGAAUUUGUUUGACAAUCAGAAGCUUUUUUAGUUAGUGAUCAUUUUCUUUAUUCUCAUUACUUGAAUGAUUGAUUCAGGGGUGAUAUUGUAAGGAGAAUUUAAAUGCAAGUCACUCUUAGGGGUCAAAUUACUUAAGAUGCAUUUCCCCAAUAGGUUAAUGAGGGAGAUGAAAUUGAUCUCACAAGAUCAAAAGAAAAGGACAAAGUGGUUAUGUCACGAUUCAAGGUGUUGACAAUCUAUAAAGAUCUUACCAAGAAAGCAAAACGACGCCUUGUUGGAGUGCGGUAUGGCAGUAUGAUCAUAUCAAGAGAGGAGUUUGACAAAGAUUAUGCUCACCCUUCAAAGUGAGAAGCUUUGUGAUGCAAAUAUACAUUUAGAUGCCAUCAAAAUGGAUACAAGUGAACUUGGAAGCAAAUGACUUUGUGGUCUUGUGUCCUUUUUACUCUGGCUUGCAGCUCUUGGCAUAAAUUGUUGGCAGAGGAAUGUGAAGAGAGAUUAAAACAUUCUGUUAAUUUAAUGACCAUCAUCAGCUAUUCACAGCCACGGAAAUACACGUGUUUCACAAAAGGUUGUUGGAAAAAAGGACAAAAGUGCGUGCAAUAUGGGUAUCCAGUCAUCAAUGAAUUUUAAUAGUUAAAUAUAUUCAUCAAACUGGCUAUUCCUUGCACUCACAGUGACGUUUACUAGAAACAGC